GGCACUUUGUCUUAAAUCUAUCCAUUCGGCCGAAAUCAAUCCAUUUGACAAUGUUGUUUCUUACCACCGUUCUCAGCACGCUUGCCCUGCUCUCUGGCAGUGUCCUGUCUGCUGAAUUUCAGUUAGACAGCAUCUACUCCUCCAGACGUCAGUCAAAUAACCUUCAUUUCGACAUUUGGGAAGACAACCCCCUCAGCAAUGAAACUGCGAGGUGCGAAUCGAGCUGGAAUGUCCAGAAGUUGAAUUGGCCGACGGAAUACAUUGCUUGCGGCGAGUCGACUUCCUGGAACUGGUACGUGACCAACUGGACCGUUUACAACUUCACCUUGGAGUUACGGCACAGCUUCAGCGACCCCAGCACUCAAACAUUCCAUCAAAGAUUCGCCCGCUUCGUGGAGCCACACUAUAGCACUUGCAAAUACGUUGGCCAAGGCGUCACCAACUGCAACUUUCCGUCUGGGGCUGCGGAGGUCUAUGAUGAGAAAAUAACUCCCUUGGAAUAGAGAUCAACUUGACAUGCUUGUGUACACAGUAUGAAGACAAUUUCAGAGACAACGUGUCUAUACAUACCUACA